CAUUCUCCAUAGCCCGGAGUUACAAGUUGCACCAAAUAAGCAGCACGAAAGUGAGAGAGAGAGAAGAGCAAGGAACAAAAAGUAACAAAAAAUUAUAAAAACUCAAGUAAGCUUCCAUGCCUUGUGUAAGAGAGUGAAAGAACACGAAUAAGUUAAGAAGGCGUUUGUAAGGUUUCGGAGGAAAACUUUUCUGGGCUGUGGCAGAAAGAAGUGGACCGCGGAGGAUGCCUUGGCAAAGGUGUUGAAGUUUUAAGAAAAUAAAGGAAGACGGGAGAGUGUUUGAGCUUUAGCCUGGGCAGUUCAGUAGGUCACUCUGUCCUCCUGAUAAAUUAAAGGAAAGAACGAGGGCAGACACGGUUCACUCUAGAGGACAGGCUAAGAAACACAUUACGAGAUGGCUGACGAGCAGGAUACAAGAGAAGUUCUUUUCUCCCAGUGGAUGGGCGCUGAUAAACAUGGGCUCACCAUAGAGCAAACAAAUCAUGGAGAGAUUUUUGUCAAAGAGGUGAAAGAAGAGUCCACUGCUUCUCAUACUGGAGAAGUGCAUGAAGGUGACCAAAUUGUGGGGGCCACUAUUUACUUUGACAACAUGAGCUCAGAGGAAACGUCUGAGCUACUGAAGACUCUGAACCGACAUAAGGUUGGGCUGAAAUUACAAAACAAGCCUGGAGACAAGUCACCUUGCCGCUCUCCGAUGGGGACAUUGUCAUGGGAAGGACGUGGAGGUUUAGGAGGCUCAAGUUCAGACAUUCUCCUGAGUGGUGAUGACGAAGACUAUAAGAGAAUCUAUUCUAAGAAGAUUAAACCCAGACUGAAGUCAGAGGAUCUUGCUGAGGGUGUUGAUGUGCACACAGAACGUCAUAGCAGCACAAGCAGUGAUGGUUGCACCAUCACUACAAUUACUCGCCGAAUAACUACCUAUACUGUGGACAUGCCUGGGGGGACUGGCGAGCAAAUUGAUUACACAAGUCCUGAGUUCAAAAUUCAGGCCUCACAGCAUGAGCAGUCAGAGGGGGAUUCUGCUCAAAUCAGAUUACCACAUGGCAGCCUUAUUAGCAGUGCACAUGGAGAUAUAAAAAUGGGGGGCAUAUCUCUUGGAGGACCACAUGUCACUGGCUCCUCUAUAAAGUACUGUAGCACCGGAUCUGUCAAAACAACAAGGGAAUCAGAUAGGAGUGAGAGAGAGUUUAGAAUGAAUGUGUCAGACACUGGACUGUCAGAGACAAAAGGACAGGGGGUUAAAGAACAUUCUGGAAGGACAGAAACUGCUACAGGCAGUGGUUGUCUCUCUGAAAAAGUAACCAUGGGAUUAGACAGAGAAGUGGGACAUAUUUCAGUUUCUCCAGUGGAAAUAGAUUCAAGUAUGAUGGGAGGAACUGAGUUUGCUACAGUGCAGGGCCCUGGUUUAGACACUCAUGUUUCUGGUUUUUCAAUUAGUGGGUGGAGAGGGGACAGUAACAUAUCUGGUAUUGGCAGAGAAUCUUUGUCUGUUGCAGUCAAGGAUGGGUCUGAUGAUAAAACCAAAUUCUCUAAAUGUAGCAUAGAUGUUCAAGGACCCAAGGUAAAUAUUAAACACCCUGAAGUUAAAGUUAGUCAGAGCUCUGAUUUUGCCGUCCAUGAUGUGGAAGAUAAAGACAAAUUACCAAAGGUUGAAUCUAGUGGAUCAGUUGUUUACAACCUGGAAAGUGGUAGUGGAUUCAAGAUGCCCCACGUAACAUUUGAGACAAACGAAAGUGCUUUAGCAGGUGCUAAUCUACCAGUACAUUUUAACAAUCAAAGUUUUAAAGAUGCUGGUAAAAAGAGUUUGGACAUAACUGGGAAUCAGGGUGUGUCAGUUACAAGAGAAACGACUUCGUUUAAUUCAAAGAUGAAAGGGGGUACCUCAGAAGACAAUGUACCCUCAUUUGGAAUCAAAGGAAAAAAGGUUCAGGGUCCUGAUAUUGCAGUAAAUCAUCCCAAUGCUGAUGUUGAAAUUACCACACGAGACUUGGACAUCAAGGGUCCAGAGCUUGACAUUAAGGGACCUGAACGAGAAAUGAAAGGCUCAAAAUUCAUAUCAAUAUCUGGUCCAAAGGUUUCGAAGCCUGAGCUGGACAUCAACCUCAAAGUGCAAAAACUGAAGGGAGAUGCUGAUAUUUCGGAUCUUAAAGUUAAACAAGAUAUUAAAACACCAAAAGUUGAAAUUGAAGGCCCAGACCUUGAGGGCCCUGAGGGAGGUUUAAAGAUGCCAAAUAUCAAAAUGUCAUCAGAUGAGGGUCCUGAAGUGGAUGUAAAAAUCCCUAAAGCUGAUGUUAAGUUAAAGGCUUCAGAUAUGAAUAUCAAGGGUCCUGAGCUUGACAUUGAAGGACCUGAAGGAAAAAUCAAAGGCCCCAAAUUCAAGAUGCCUUCAAUAUCUGGUCCAAAGAUCUCCAUGCCAGAUAUGGACUUUAAUCUGAAAGGGCCAAAACUGAAAGGUGAUGUUGACAUGUCAGUUCCAAAAAUUGAAGGAGACAUUAAAGCACCGAAAGUUGAAAUUGAAGGCCCAGACCUUGAGGGUCCUGAGGGUGGUUUUAAGAUGCCAAAGAUCAAAAUGCCUUCAUUCGGCCUCAAGGGUCCAAAAGUUGAGGGUCCUGAUGUGGAUGUAAAAAUCCCUAAAGCUGAUGUUGAGUUAAAGGAUCCAGAUUUGAAUAUCAAGGGUCCUGAGCUUGACAUUGAAGGACCUGAAGGAAAAAUCAAAGGCCCCAAAUUCAAGACGCCUUCAAUCUCUGGUCCAAAGAUCUCCAUGCCAGAUGUGGACUUUAAUCUGAAAGGCCCAAAACUGAAAGGUGAUGUUGACAUGUCAAUACCAAAAAUUGAAGGAGAUAUUAAAGCACCAAAAGUUGAAAUUGAAGGCCCAGACCUAGAGGGUCUUGAGGGUGGUUUUAAGAUGCCAAAGAUCAAAAUGCCUUCAUUUGGCCUCAAGGGUCCAAAAGUUGAGGGUCCUGAUGUGGAUGUAAAAAUCCCUAAAGCUGAUGUUGAGUUAAAGGCUCCAGAUGUGAAUAUCAAGGGUCCUGAGCUUGACAUUGAAGGACCUGAAGGAAAAAUCAAAGGCCCUAAAUUCAAGAUGCCUUCAAUAUCUGGUCCAAAGAUCUCCAUGCCAGAUGUGGACUUCAAUCUGAAAGGGCCAAAACCGAAAGGUGAUGUUGACAUGUCAGUUCCAAAAAUUGAAGGAGAUAUUAAAGCACCAAAAGUUGAAAUUGAAGGCCCAGAGCUUGAGGGUCCAGAGGGUGGUUUUAAGAUGCCAAAGAUCAAAAUGCCUUCAUUCGGUCUCAAGGGUCCAAAAGUUGAGGGUCCUGAUGUGGAUGUAAAAAUCCCUAAAGCUGAUGUUGAGUUAAAGGCUCCAGAUGUGAAAAUCAAGGGUCCUGAGCUGGAUAUUGAAGGCCCUGAAGGAAAAAUCAAAGGCUCCAAAUUCAAGAUGCCUUCAAUCUCUGGUCCAAAGAUCACCAUGCCAGAUGUGGACUUCAAUCUGAAAGGCCCAAAACUGAAAGGUGAUGUUGACAUGUCAGUUCCAAAAAUCGCAGGAGAUAUUAAAGCACCAAAAGUUGAAAUUGAAGGCCCAGACCUUGAGGGUCCUGAGGGUGGGUUUAAGAUGCCAAAGAUCAAAAUGCCUUCAUUUGGCCUCAAGGGUCCCAGAGUUGAGGGUACUGAUGUGGAUGUAAAAAUCCCUAAAGCUGAUGUUGAGUUAAAGGCUCCAGAUGUGAAUAUCAAGGGUCCUGAGCUGGAUAUUGAAGGCCCUGAAGGAAAAAUCAAAGGCCCCAAAUUCAAGAUGCCUUCUAUCUCUGGUCCAAAUAUCUCCAUGCCAGAUGUGGACUUCAAUCUGAAAGGGCCAAAACUGAAAGGUGACGUUGACAUGUCAAUUCCAAAAAUUGAAGGAGAUAUUAAAGCACCAAAAGUUGAAAUUGAAGGCCCAGACCUUGAGGGUCUUGAGGGUGGUUUUAAGAUGCCAAAGAUCAAAAUGCCUUCAUUUGGCCUCAAAGGUCCAAAAGUUGAGGGUCCUGAUGUGGAUGUAAAAAUCCCUAAAGCUGAUUUUGAGUUAAAGGCUCCAGAUGUGAAUAUCAAGGGUCCUGAGCUUGACAUUGAAGGACCUGAAGGAAAAAUCAAAGGCCCUAAAUUCAAGAUGCCUUCAAUAUCUGGUCCAAAGAUCUCCAUGCCAGAUGUGGACUUCAGUCUGAAAGGGCCAAAACUGAAAGGUGACGUUGACAUGUCAGUUCCAAAAAUCGAAGGAGAUAUUAAAGCAGCAAAAGUUGAAAUUGAAGGCCCAGAGCUUGAGGGUCUUGAGGGUGGUUUUAAGAUGCCAAAGAUCAAAAUGCCUUCAUUCGGCCUCAAGGGUCCAAAAGUUGAGGGUCCUGAUGUGGAUGUAAAAAUCCCUAAAGCUGAUGUUGAGUUUAAGGCUCCAGAUGUGAAUAUCAAGGGUCCUGAGCUGGACAUUGAAGGCCCUGAAGGAAAAAUCAAAGGCCCCAAAUUCAAGAUGCCUUCAAUAUCUGGUCCAAAGAUCUCUAUGCCAGAUGUGGACUUCAAUCUGAAAGGCCCAAAACUGAAAGGUGAUGUUGACAUGUCAAUUCCAAAAACUGAAGGAGAUAUUAAAGCACCAAAAGUUGAAAUUGAAGGCCCAGAGCUUGAGGGUCCUGAGGGUGGUUUUAAGAUGCCAAAGAUCAAAAUGCCGUCAUUCGGUCUCAAGGGUCCAAACUUUGAGGGUCCUGAUGUGGAUGUAAAAAUCCCUAAAGCUGAUGUUGAGAUAAAGGCUCCAGAUGUGAAUAUCAAGGGUUCUGAGCUGGACAUUGAAGGCCCUGAAGGAAAAAUCAAAGGCACCAAAUUCAAGAUGCCUUCAAUAUCUGGUCCAAAGAUCUCUAUGCCAGAUGUGGACUUCAAUCUGAAAGGCCCAAAACUGAAAGGUGAUGUUGACAUGUCAGUUCCAAAAAUUGAAGGAGAUAUUAAAGCACCAAAAGUUGAAAUUGAAGGCCCAGACAUUGAGGGUCCUGAGGGUGGUUUUAAGAUGCCAAAGAUCAAAAUGCCUUCAUUUGGCCUCAAGGGUCCAAAAGUUGAGGGACCUGAUGUGGAUGUAAAAAUCCCUAAAGCUGAUGUUGAUUUAAAGGCUCCAGAUGUGAAUAUCAAGGGUCCUGAGCUGGACAUUGAAGGCCCUGAAGGAAAAAUCAAAGGCCCCAAAUUCAAGAUGCCUUCAAUAUCUGGUCCAAAGAUCUCUAUGCCAGAUGUGGACUUCAAUCUGAAAGGCCCAAAACUGAAAGGUGAUGUUGACAUGUCAAUACCAAAAAUUGAAGGAGAUAUUAAAGCACCAAAAGUUGAAAUUGAAGGCCCAGAGCUUGAGGGUCCUGAGGGUGGGUUUAAGAUGCCAAAGAUCAAAAUGCCUUCAUUUGGCCUCAAGGGUCCAAAAGUUGAGGGUCCUGAUGUGGAUGUAAAAAUCCCUAAAGCUGAUGUUGAGUUAAAGACUCCAGAUGUGAAUAUCAAGGGUCCUGAGCUGGACAUUGAAGGCCCUGAAGGAAAAAUCAAAGGCCCCAAAUUCAAGAUGCCUUCAAUAUCUGGUCCAAAGAUCUCUAUGCCAGAUGUGGACUUCAAUCUGAAAGGCCCAAAACUGAAAGGUGAUGUUGACAUGUCAAUACCAAAAAUUGAAGGAGAUAUUAAAGCACCAAAAGUUGAAAUUGAAGGUCCAGAGCUUGAGGGUCCUGAGGGUGGUUUUAAGAUGCCAAAGAUCAAAAUGCCUUCAUUUGGCCUCAAGGGUCCAAAAGUUGAGGGUCCUGAUGUGGAUGUAAAAAUCCCUAAAGCUGAUGUUGAUUUAAAGGCUCCAGAUGUGAAUAUCAAGGGUAUUGAGCUGGACAUUGAAGGCCCUGAAGGAAAAAUCAAAGGCCCCAAAUUCAAGAUGCCUUCAAUAUCUGGUCCAAAGAUCUCUAUGCCAGAUGUGGACUUCAAUCUGAAAGGCCCAAAAAUGAAAGGUGAUGUUGACAUGUCAAUACCAAAAAUUGAAGGAGAUAUUAAAGCAUCAAAAGUUGAAAUUGAAGGUCCAGAGCUUGAGGGUCCUGAGGGUGGUUUUAAGAUGCCAAAGAUCAAAAUGCCUUCAUUUGGCCUCAAGGGUCCAAAAGUUGAGGGUCCUGAUGUGGAUGUAAAAAUCCCUAAAGCUGAUGUUGAGUUAAAGGCUCCAGAUGUGAAUAUCAAGGGUAUUGAGCUGGACAUUGAAGGCCCUGAAGGAAAAAUCAAAGGCCCCAAAUUCAAGAUGCCUUCAAUAUCUGGUCCAAAGAUCUCUAUGCCAGAUGUGGACUUCAAUCUGAAAGGCCCAAAACUGAAAGGUGAUGUUGACAUGUCAGUUCCAAAAAUUGAAGGAGAUAUUAAAGCACCAAAAGUUGAAAUUGAAGGCCCAGACCUUGAGGGUCCUGAGGGUGGUUUUAAGAUGCCAAAGAUCAAAAUGCCUUCAUUUGGCCUCAAGGGUCCAAAAGUUGAGGGUCCUGAUGUGGAUGUAAAAAUCCCUAAAGCUGAUGUUGAGUUAAAGACUCCAGAUGUGAAUAUCAAGGGUCCUGAGCUGGACAUUGAAGGCCCUGAAGGAAAAAUCAAAGGCCCCAAAUUCAAGAUGCCUUCAAUAUCUGGUCCAAAGAUCUCUAUGCCAGAUGUGGACUUUAAUCUGAAAGGCCCAAAACUGAAAGGUGAUGUUGACAUGUCAAUACCAAAAAUUGAAGGAGAUAUUAAAGCACCAAAAGUUGAAAUUGAAGGUCCAGAGCUUGAGGGUCCUGAGGGUGGUUUUAAGAUGCCAAAGAUCAAAAUGCCUUCAUUUGGCCUCAAGGGUCCAAAAGUUGAGGGUCCUGAUGUGGAUGUAAAAAUCCCUAAAGCUGAUGUUGAGUUAAAGGCUCCAGAUGUGAAUAUCAAGGGUCCUGAGCUGGACAUUGAAGACCCUGAAGGAAAAAUCAAAGGCCCCAAAUUCAAGAUGCCUUCAAUAUCUGGUCCAAAGAUCUCUAUGCCAGAUGUGGACUUCAAUCUGAAAGGCCCAAAACUGAAAGGUGAUGUUGACAUGUCAGUUCCAAAAAUUGAAGGAGAUAUUAAAGCACCAAAAGUUGAAAUUGAAGGCCCAGACCUUGAGGGUCCUGAGGGUGGUUUUAAGAUGCCAAAGAUCAAAAUGCCUUCAUUUGGCCUCAAGGGUCCAAAAGUUGAGGGUCCUGAUGUGGAUGUAAAAAUCCCUAAAGCUGAUGUUGAGUUAAAGACUCCAGAUGUGAAUAUCAAGGGUCCUGAGCUGGACAUUGAAGGCCCUGAAGGAAAAAUCAAAGGCCCCAAAUUCAAGAUGCCUUCAAUAUCUGGUCCAAAGAUCUCUAUGCCAGAUGUGGACUUCAAUCUGAAAGGCCCAAAACUGAAAGGUGAUGUUGACAUGUCAAUACCAAAAAUUGAAGGAGAUAUUAAAGCACCAAAAGUUGAAAUUGAAGGUCCAGAGCUUGAGGGUCCUGAGGGUGGUUUUAAGAUGCCAAAGAUCAAAAUGCCUUCAUUUGGCCUCAAGGGUCCAAAAGUUGAGGGUCCUGAUGUGGAUGUAAAAAUCCCUAAAGCUGAUGUUGAGUUAAAGGCUCCAGAUGUGAAUAUCAAGGGUCCUGAGCUGGACAUUGAAGACCCUGAAGGAAAAAUCAAAGGCCCCAAAUUCAAGAUGCCUUCAAUAUCUGGUCCAAAGAUCUCUAUGCCAGAUGUGGACUUCAAUCUGAAAGGCCCAAAACUGAAAGGUGAUGUUGACAUGUCAGUUCCAAAAAUUGAAGGAGAUAUUAAAGCACCAAAAGUUGAAAUUGAAGGCCCAGACAUUGAGGGUCCUGAGGGUGGUUUUAAGAUGCCAAAGAUCAAAAUGCCUUCAUUUGGCCUCAAGGGUCCAAAAGUUGAGGGUCCUGAUGUGGAUGUAAAAAUCCCUAAAGCUGAUGUUGAGUUAAAGGCUCCAGAUGUGAAUAUCAAGGGUCCUGAGUUGGACAUUGAAGGCCCUGAAGGAAAAAUCAAAGGCCCCAAAUUCAAGAUGCCUUCAAUAUCUGGUCCAAAUAUCUCCAUGCCAGAUGUUGACUUCAAUCUGAAAGGCCCAAAACUGAAAGGUGAUGUUGACAUGUCACUUCCAAAAAUUGAAGGAGAUAUUAAAGCACCAAAAGUUGAAAUUGAAGGCCCAGACCUUCAUGGUCAUGAGGGUGGUUUUAAGAUGCCAAAGUUCAAAAUGCCGUCAUUCGGCCUCAAGGGUCCAAAAGUUGAGGGUCCUGAUGUGGAUGUAAAAAUCCCUAAAGCUGAUGUUGAGUUAAAGUCUCCAGAUGUGAAUAUCAAGGGUCCUGAGCUAGACAUUGAAGGACCUGAAGGAAAAAUCAAGGGCCCCAAAUUCAAGAUGCCAUCUGUGUCUGGUCCGAAAUUCUCCAUGCCAGAUGUGGACUUCAAUCUGAAAGGGCCAAAACUGAAAGGUGAUGUUGACAUGUCAGUUCCAAAAAUUGAAGGAGAUAUUAAAGCACCAAAAGUUGAAAUUGAAGGCCCAGACCUUGAGGGUCAUGAAGCUGGUUUUAAGAUGCCAAAGUUCAAAAUGCCAUCAUUUGGCCUCAAGGGUCCAAAAGUUGAGGGCCCUGACAUGGACGUAAAAAUCCCUAAAGCUAAUGUUGAGUUAAAGUCUCCAGAUGUGAAUAUCAAGGGUCCUGAGCUUGACAUUGAAGGACCUGAGGGAAAAAUCAAGGGUACCAAAUUCAAGAUGCCUUCACUCUCUGGUCCGAAUAUCUCCAUGCCAGAUGUUGACUUCAAUCUGAAAGGACCAAAACUGAAAGGUGAUGUUGACAUGUCACUUCCAAAAAUUGAAGGAGAUAUUAAAGCACCAAAAGUUGAAAUUGAAGGCCCAGACCUUGAGGGUCCGGAGGGUGGUUUUAAGAUGCCAAAGUUCAAAAUGCCGUCAUUCGGCCUCAAGGGUCCAAAAGUUGAAGGUCCUGAUAUGGAUGUAAAAAUCCCUAAAGCUGAUGUUGAGUUAAAGUCUCCAGAUGUAAAUAUCAAGGGUCCUGAGCUGGACAUUGAAGGACCUGAAGGAAAAAUCAAAGGCCCCAAAUUCAAGAUGCCAUCAGUGUCUGGUCCUAAAUUCUCCAUGCCAGAUGUGGACUUCAAUCUGAAAGGCCCAAAACUGAAAGGUGAUGUUGACAUGUCACUUCCAAAAAUUGAAGGAGAUAUUAAAGCACCAAAAGUUGAAUUUGAAGGCCCAGAGGUUGAGGGUCCUGAGGGGGGGUUUAAAAUGCCAAAGAUCAAAAUGCCCUCGUUCGGUCUCAAGGGUCCAAAUGUUGAGGGUCCUGAUGUAGACAUAAAAAUCCCUAAAGCUGAUGUUGAGUUAAAGGCUCCAGAUGUGAAUAUCAAGGGUCCUAAGCUUGACAUUGAAGGCCCUGAAGGAAAAAUCAAGGGUUCCAAAUUCAAGAUGCCUUCAAUCUCUGGUCCGAAUAUCUCCAUGCCGGAUAUGGACUUCAAUCUGAAAGGACCAAAACUGAAAGGUGAUGUUGACGUCUCGGUUCCAAAAGUGGAAGGAGAUAUUAAAGCACCAAACGUUAAAAUUGAAGGCCCAGACCUUGAGGGCCCUGAGGGUGGUUUUAAAAUGCCAAAGUUCAAAAUGCCAUCAUUCGGCCUCAAGGGUCCAAAAGUUGAGGGGCCUGACGUGGAUGUAAAAAUACCUAAAGCUGAUUUUGAGGUAGAAGCACCAGAUUUAGAAAUCAAGGGCCCUGAUUUAGACAUUGAAGGACCUGAAGGAAAAAUCAAGGGCCCGAAAUUCAAGAUGCCAACAGUCUCUGGUCCUAAAGUCUCCAUGCCAGAUGUGGACUUCAAUCUGAAAGGCCCAAAGCUUAAAGGUGAUGUUGACAUGUCACUUCCAAAAAUUGAAGGAGAUAUUAAAGCACCAAAAGUUGAAAUUGAAGGCCCAGACCUUGAGGGUCCUGAGGGUGGUUUUAAGAUGCCAAAGUUCAAAAUGCCAUCAUUCGGCCUCAAGGGUCCAAAAGUUGAGGGUCCUGAUGUGGACGUAAAAAUCCCUAAAGCUGAUGUUGAGUUAAAGUCUCCAGAUGUGAAUAUCAAGGGUCCUGAGCUUGACAUUGAAGGACCUGAAGGAAAAAUCAAGGGCCCCAAAUUCAAGAUGCCAUCAGUGUCUGGUCCGAAAUUCUCCAUGCCAGAUAUGGACUUCAAUCUGAAAGGCCCAAAACUGAAAGGUGAUAUUGACAUGUCACUUCCAAAAAUUGAAGGAGAUAUUAAAGCACCAAAAGUUGAAAUUGAAGGCCCAGACCUUGAGGGUCCUGAGGGUGGUUUCAAGAUGCCAAAGAUAAAAAUGCCCUCGUUCGGCCUCAAGGGUCCAAAAGUUGAUGGGCCUGACGUGGAUGUAAAAAUUCCUGAAGCUGAUGUUGACUUAAAGACUCCAGAUUUGAAUAUCAAGGGUCCUGAGUUUGACAUUGAAGGACCUGAAGGAAACAUCAAGGGCCCCAAAUUGAAGAUGCCAACAGUCUCUGGUCCAAAAUUCUCCAUGCCAGAUGUGGACUUCAAUCUGAAAGGCCCAAAACUGAAAGGUGAUGUUGACAUGUCACUUCCAAAAAUUGAAGGAGAUAUUAAAGCACCAAAAGUUGAAUUUGAAGGCCCAGACCUUGAGGGUCCUGAGGGUGGUUUUAAGAUGCCAAAGAUCAAAAUGCCCUCUUUCGGCCUCAAGGGUCCAAAAGUUGAGGGGCCUGACAUUGAUGUAAAAAUUCCUAAAGCUGAUGUUGAGUUAAAGGCUCCAGAUGUGAAUAUCAAGGGUCCUGAGCUUGACAUUGAAGGACCUGAGGGAAAAAUCAAGGGUCCCAAAUUCAAGAUGCCAACAGUCUCUGGUCCGAAAUUCUCCAUGCCAGAUGUGGACUUCAAUCUGAAAGGCCCAAAACUGAAAGGUGAUGUUGACAUGUCACUUCCAAAAAUUGAAGGAGAUAUUAAAGCACCAAAAGUUGAUAUUGAAGGCCCAGACCUAGAGGGUCCUGAGGGUGGUUUUAAGAUGCCAAAGAUCAAAAUGCCCUCUUUCGGCCUCAAGGGUCCAAAAGUUGAGGGGCCUGACGUGGAUGUAAAAAUUCCUAAAGCUGAUGUUGAGUUAAAGGCUCCAGAUGUGAAUAUCAAGGGUCCUGAGCUUGACAUUGAAGGACCUGAGGGAAAAAUCAAGGGUCCCAAAUUCAAGAUGCCUUCAAUCUCUGGUCCGAAUAUCUCCAUGCCGGAUGUGGACUUCAAUCUGAAAGGGCCAAAACUGAAAGAUGAUGUUGAAGGAGAUAUUAAAGUACCAAAGGUUAAAAUUGAAGGCCCAGACCUUGAGGGUCCUGAGGGUGGUUUUAAAAUGCCAAAGUUCAAAAUGCCAUCAUUUGGACUCAAGGGUCAAAAGGUUGAGGGUCCUGACAUAGACAUAAAUAUCCCUGAAGCUGAUUUUGAGGUAAAGGCACCAAAGGUUGAUUUAAAGGCUCCAGAGCUUGACAUUGAAGGACCUGAUGGAAAAAUCAAGGGCCCCAAAUUCAAGAUGCCUACAAUCUCUGGUCCAAAUAUCUCCAUGCCAGAUGUGGACUUCAAUCUGAAAGGGCCAAAACUGAAAAGUGAUGUUGACAUGUCACUUCCAAAAGUGGAAGGAGAUAUUAAAGCACCAAAGGUUAAAAUUGAAGGCCCAGACCUCGAGGGCCCUGAGGGUGGAUUUAAAAUGCCAAAGUUCAAAAUGCCAUCAUUCGGCCUCAAGGGUCCAAAAGUUGAGGGUCCUGAUGUGGAUGUAAAAAUCCCUAAAGCUGAUUUUGAGGUAGAAUCACCAGAUUUUGAUAUCAAGGGUCCUCAUCUUGAUAUCGAAGGACCUGAAGGAAAAAUCAAGGGCCCCAAAUUAAAGAUGCCUACAAUCUCUGGUCCAAAUAUUUCCAUGCCAGAUGUGGACUUCAAUCUGAAAGGGCCAAAACUGAAAGGUGAUGUUGAAGGAGAUAUUAAAGCACCAAAGGUUAAAAUUGAAGGCCCAGACCUUGAGGGUCCUGAGGGUGGUUUUAAAAUGCCAAAGUUCAAAAUGCCAUCAUUUGGACUCAAGGGUCCAAAAGUUGAGGGUCCUGACAUAGACAUAAAUAUCCCUAAAGCUGAUUUUGAGGUAAAGACACCAAAUGUUGAUUUCAAGGCUCCAGAGCUUGACAUUGAAGGACCUGGUGGAAAAAUCAAGGGCCCCAAAUUCAAGAUGCCUACAAUCUCUGGACCAAAUAUCUCCAUGCCAGAUGUGGACUUCAAUCUGAAAGGGCCAAAACUGAAAGGUGAUGUUGACAUGUCAGUUCCAAAAAUGGAAGGAGAUAUUAAAGCACCAAAGGUUAAAAUUGAAGGCCCAGACCUCGAGGGCCCUGAGGGUGGAUUUAAAAUGCCAAAGUUCAAAAUGCCAUCAUUUGGCCUCAAGGGUCCAAAAGUUGAGGGUCCUGACAUAGACAUAAAUAUCCCUAAAACUGAUUUUGAGGUAAAGACACCAAAUGUUGAUUUCAAGGCUCCAGAGCUUGACAUUGAAGGACCUGAUGGAAAAAUCAAGGGCCCCAAAUUCAAGAUGCCUACAAUCUCUGGACCAAAUAUCUCCAUGCCAGAUGUGGACUUCAAUCUGAAAGGGCCAAAACUGAAAGGUGAUGUUGACAUGUCACUUCCAAAAGUGGAAGGAGAUAUUAAAGCACCAAAGGUUAAAAUUGAAGGCCCAGACCUCGAGGGCCCUGAGGGUGGAUUUAAAAUGCCAAAGUUCAAAAUGCCGUCAUUUGGCCUCAAGGGUCCAAAAGUUGAGGGCCCUGACAUAGACAUAAAUAUCCCUAAAGCUGAUUUUGAGGUAAAGACACCAAAUGUUGAUUUCAAGGCUCCAGAGCUUGACAUUGAAGGACCUGAUGGAAAAAUCAAGGGCCCCAAAUUCAAGAUGCCUACAAUCUCUGGACCAAAUAUCUCCAUGCCAGAUGUGGACUUCAAUCUGAAAGGGCCAAAACUGAAAGGUGACGUUGACAUGUCACUUCCAAAAGUGGAAGGAGAUAUUAAAGCACCAAAGGUUAAAAUUGAAGGCCCAGACCUCGAGGGCCCUGAGGGUGGAUUUAAAAUGCCAAAAAUCAAAAUACCAUCAUUCGGCCUCAAGGGUCCAAAAGUUGAGGGGCCUGAUGUUGAUGUAAAUAUCCCUAAAGCUGAUUUUGAGGUAAAGACACCAAAUGUUGAUUUCAAGGCUCCAGAUCUUGACAUUGAAGGACCUGAUGGAAAAAUCAAGGGCCCCAAAUUCAAGAUGCCUACAAUCUCUGGACCAAAUAUCUCCAUGCCAGAUGUGGACUUCAAUCUGAAAGGGCCAAAACUGAAAGGUGACGUUGACAUGUCAGUUCCAAAAGUGGAAGGAGAUAUUAAAGCACCAAAGGUUAAAAUUGAAGGCCCAGACCUCGAGGGCCCUGAGGGUGGAUUUAAAAUGCCAAAGUUCAAAAUGCCUUCAUUCGGCCUCAAGGGUCCAAAUGUUGAUGGUCCUGACAUAGACAUAAAUAUCCCUAAAGCUGAUUUUGAGUUAAAGACACCAAAUGUUGAUUUCAAGGCUCCAGAGCUUGACAUUGAAGGACCUGAUGGAAAAAUCAAGGGCCCCAAAUUCAAGAUGCCUACAAUCUCUGGACCAAAUAUCUCCAUGCCAGAUGUGGACUUCAAUCUGAAAGGGCCAAAACUGAAAGGUGACGUUGACAUGUCAGUUCCAAAAGUGGAAGGAGAUAUUAAAGCACCAAAGGUUAAAAUUGAAGGCCCAGACCUCGAGGGCCCUGAGGGUGGAUUUAAAAUGCCAAAAAUCAAAAUGCCAUCAUUCGGCCUCAAGGGUCCAAAAGUUGAGGGGCCUGAUGUUGAUGUAAAAAUCCCUAAAGCUGAUUUUGAGGUUGAAUCACCAGAUUUAGAUAUCAAGGGUCCUGAGCUUGAUAUUGAAGGACCUGAAGGAAAAAUAAAGGGCCCCAAAUUCAAGAUGCCUUCAAUCUCUGGUCCAAAGAUCUCCAUGCCGGAUAUGGACUUCAAUCUGAAAGGUCCGAAACUGAAAGGUGAUGUGUCAGUUCCAAAAGUGGAAGGAGAUAUUGAAACGCCAAAGUUUGAAAUUGAAGGCCCAGACCUUGAAGGUCCUGAGGGUGGUUUUAAAAUGCCAAAGAUCAAAAAGCCCUCAUUCGGACUCAAGGGUCCAAAUGUUGAUGGUCCUGACAUGGACGUAAAAAUUCCUAAAGCUGAUUUUGAGGUAAAGGCACCAAAUGUUGAUUUCAAGGCUCCAGAGCUUGAUAUUGAAGGACCAGAAGGAAAAAGCAAGGGCCACAAAUUCAAAAUGCCAUCAAUCUCUGGUCCAAAGUUCUCCAUGCCAGAUGUGGAUUUUAAUUUGAAAGGGCCAAAAUUGAAAGGUGAUAUGGAUUUGACAGUUCCAAAGAUUGAAGGAGAUAUUAAAGCACCAAAGUUUGAAAUUGAAGGCCCAGACCUUGAGGGUCCUGAUGUUGGUUUUAAGAUGCCAAAGAUCAAAAUGCCCUCAUUUGGAAUGAAGGGUCCAAAAUUAGAGGGUGCUGACAUUGAUGUUAAUCUCCCCAAAACUGAAAUGACAAUUAACUCACCGGAUAUGGAUAUCAAGGGUCCAGAACUUGGCCUAGAGGGACCUGAAGGAAAUAUCAAGGGCCCAAAAUUCAAGAUGCCAUCAAUCUCUGGUCCUAAAUUUUCCAUGCCAGAUGUGGAUAUCAACCUUAAAGCACCUAAUCUUAAAGGGGAUUUUAGUCUUGUGGGUCCCGAUUUAAAAGGCGUUGAUAUUAAAUCUUCAAAUGUAGACAUUGAAAGCCCCAAUUUUGAAUUGGAUGUUCCAGAGGCAAGUGUAAAGAAAAACAAAUUCAAAAUGCCCAAGUUUGGAUUUAGAGGGCCAAAGAUUGAAGCCCCUGAUGUUGACGUCUCAGCACCUAAUUUCAAAGCAAAAGGAUCCAAGUUUAAAUUGGCAUCAACAUCUGGUCCAAAUGUUUCCCUACCUGAUGUAGACCUCAACUUAAAGGGACCAAAAGUCAAAACUGGAGUCAGUGUGGAGGGUGAGGUCAAUGUACCUAAAAUGGAAGUUGAUACUCCAACAGUUGAAGGCAAAAGUCUAGAGGGAGGGUUUAAGAUGCCAAAAUUUAAAAUGCCAAAAUUUGGAUUUAAGUCACCCAAAGGAAAUAUGCCUAAUAUUGAUGUUAGUGUACCUGCCAGUGAUGUCAGUAUAAAAUCCCCAGACAUAGACAUCAACUCUCCUAAUCUUGAAAUUGAGGGACCUGAGGGAAAAAUCAAAGGUCCCAAGUUCAAAAUGCCUUCUUUAUCUGGUCCAAAAAUCUCUAUGCCAGAUGUAGAUUUUAACCUAAAAAGUCCAAAAGUCAAGGGUGAUAUGGAUGUUUCUGGAUUGAACAUUGAAGGAGGCAUAAAGACUCCAAAAGUCAAUAUUGAAGGUCCUGAUGUUAAUCUAGAGGGCCUUGAAGGUGGUUUAAAGAUGCCUAAAAUCAAAAUGCCAUCAUUAGGAUUGAAGGACAUUAAAGGUGAUGGGCCAAAGGUUGACAUUAACCUUCCAAAAGCUGAUGUGGACAUAAAGGGACCUGAAUUUGAUAUCAGAAUGCCGGAUCUUGACAUUGAAGGACCAGAGGGAAAAAUCAAAGGUUCCAAGUUCAAAAUGCCUUCAAUAUCUGGUCCAAAGAUCUCUAUGCCAGAUGUUAACCUAAAUCUUAAAGGCCCCAAAGUCAAGGGUGAUUGGGACGUUUCUAUACCAAAGUUGGAAGGUGACAUUAAGGCUCCAAAUGUAGACAUUGAAGGUCCUGAUGUUAACAUAGAGGGUCCUGAAGGUGGCCUCAAGAUGCCGAAAAUAAAAAUGCCAUCAUUUGGACUCAAGGGUCCUAAAGUUGAGGGUUCAGAUGUUGAAGUAAAUCUGCCGAAAGCUGAUGUUGACAUUAAAGGACCUGAAUUUGACAUCAAAGUGCCUGAUCUUGACAUUGAGGGACCAGAGGGAAAAAUCAAGGGUCCCAAGUUCAAAAUGCCUUCCAUAUCUGGUCCAAAUAUCUCUAUGCCAGAUGUAAAUCUGAAUCUUAAAGGCCCCAAAGUCAAAGGUGAUAUGGAUGUUGCUGUACCAAAGAUACAAGGUGACAUUAAGGCUCCAAAAGUUGACAUUGAAGGUCCUGAUGUAAAUAUGGAGGGUCCUGAAGGAGGCUUCAAGAUGCCUAAAAUCAAAAUGCCAUCAUUUGGACUCAAGGGUCCUAAAGGUGAGGGCCCAGACUUUGAUGUAAACCUGCCAAAAGCUGAUGUUGACAUCAAAGGACCUGAAUUUGACAUCAACAUACCUGAUCUUGACAUUGAGGGACCAGAGGGAAAAAUCAAAGGUUCCAAGUUCAAAAUGCCUUCAAUAUCUGGUCCAAAGAUCUCUAUGCCAGAUGUUAACCUAAAUCUUAAAGGUCCCAAAGUCAAGGGUGAUAUGGAUGUUGCUGUACCAAAGAUUGAAGGUGACAUUAAGGCUCCAAAAGUAGACAUUGAAGGUCUUGAUGUAAAUAUGGAGGGUCCUGAAGAAGGCUUCAAGAUGCCUAAAAUCAAAAUGCCAUCAUUUGGACUCAAGGGUCCUAAAGUUGAGGGCCCAGACUUUGAUGUAAACCUGCCAAAAGCUGAUGUUGACAUCAAAGGACCUGAAUUUGACAUCAACAUACCUGAUCUUGACAUUGAGGGACCAGAGGGAAAAAUCAAAGGUUCCAAGUUCAAAAUGCCUUCAAUAUCUGGUCCAAAGAUCUCUAUGCCAGAUGUUAACCUAAAUCUUAAAGGUCCCAAAGUCAAGGGUGAUAUGGAUGUUGCUGUACCAAAGAUUGAAGGUGACAUUAAGGCUCCAAAAGUAGACAUUGAAGGUCUUGAUGUAAAUAUGGAGGGUCCUGAAGGAGGCUUCAAGAUGCCUAAAAUCAAAAUGCCAUCAUUUGGACUCAAGGGUCCUAAAGUUGAGGGCCCAGACUUUGAUGUAAACCUGCCAAAAGCUGAUGUUGACAUCAAAGGACCUGAAUUUGAUAUCAAAAUACCUGAUCUUGACAUUGAGGGACCAGAGGGAAAAAUAAAAGGUUCCAAGUUCAAAAUGCCUUCAAUAUCUGGUCCAAAGAUCUCUAUGCCAGAUGUUAACCUAAAUCUUAAAGGUCCCAAAGUCAAGAGUGAUAUGGAUGUUGCUGUACCAAAGAUUGAAGGUGACAUUAAGGCUCCAAAAGUAGACAUUGAAGGUCUUGAUGUAAAUAUGGAAGGUCCUGAAGGAGGCUUCAAGAUGCCUAAAAUCAAAAUGCCAUCAUUUGGACUCAAGGGUCCUAAAGUUGAGGGCCCAGACUUUGAUGUAAACAUGCCAAAAGCUGAUGUUGACAUCAAAGGACCUGAAUUUGACAUCAAAAUACCUGAUCUUGACAUUGAGGGACCAGAGGGAAAAAUCAAAGGUUCCAAGUUCAAAAUGCCUUCAGUAUCUGGUCCAAAGGUCUCUAUGCCAGAUGUUAACCUAAAUCUUAAAGGUCCCAAAGUCAAGGGUGAUAUGGAUGUUGCUGUACCAAAGAUUGAAGGUGACAUUAAGGCUCCAAAAGUAGAAGUUGAAGGUCAUGAUGUAAAUAUGGAGGGUCCUGAAGGAGGCUUCAAGAUGCCUAAAAUCAAAAUGCCAUCAUUUGGACUCAAGGGUCCUAAAGUUGAGGGCCCAGACUUUGAUGUAAACCUGCCAAAAGCUGAUGUUGACAUCAAAGGAUCUGAAUUUGACAUCAAAAUACCUGAUCUUGACAUUGAGGGACCAGAGGGAAAAAUCAAAGGUUCCAAGUUCAAAAUGCCUUCAAUAUCUGGUCCAAAGAUCUCUAUGCCAGAUGUUAACCUAAAUCUUAAAGGUCCCAAAAUCAAGGGUGAUAUGGAUGUUGCUGUUCCAAAGAUUGAAGGUGACAUUAAGGCUCCAAAAGUAGACGUUGAAGGUCCUAAUGUCAACAUUGAGGGCCCAGAAGCUGGCUUGAAGAUGCCUAAACUUACAGUGCCAUCAUUUGGACUCAAGGGUUCUAAGGUGGAGGGUCCAGAGGUUGAUGUAAAUUUGCCAAAGGCCGAUGUUGACAUCAAAGGACCUGAAAUUGACAUAGAAACUCUUGAUCUUGACUUUGAGAAACCGGAGGGCAGUUUAAAAUCUGUUAAGUUCCCAAAAUUCAAAGGUCCCAGCUUUGGAAUAAAGCCUUCAGGUGGUAGUCUUUCAAUACCUGAAAAACAUAUGGAGGGAAGCUUUAAUGUCAAAAGCCCUGAUGUUAACAUAAGCGGACCAGAUGCAAACAUCAAAGUGCAAAAACCAAAAAAAUCUAAAUUUAAUUUUGGAGGAAAGAGCCCAAAAUUUGACACCGAUAUUCCUGAUGCUAGUGGUAGCUUAGAUGGGACGGACUUGAGUGUAGAUGUGAAAGGAAAGAAGGGUAAAUUCAAAGUAGCUAAAGUAAAAGGGAAGUCAAAGACUUUUGGUGUUGAUAUGAACACCGAAAAUUUCAAUUUGGAGACAAGUGAACCUGACUCACAAUUGAAGUCAACCAAAGUAAAGAAACCUCGUUUUGGAAAACUUUAUUUCCCUGAUGUGGAAUUGGACAUCAAAUCUCCAAAAGUUAAAGGUAGUUCUUCAGUGUCUGGAACUAUUAAAUCAUCUGAUGUUGAUUUGCCAUCUGCAAGCCUUAAAACAGAUAUUCAUGGUGUUGAUAUUCAGACUCCAGAUACUAGUUUGGAGAGCCCCGAUAUCAAAGCAAAAGGGGGAAAAAUCAAAAUGCCAAAAUUUAGUAUCUCAGGAUCUAAAAUAAAAACUCCUGAUUUGGAUGUUAGAGGCAUAACGGUAGAUACACCAGAAAAGAGUGUCAGCUUGCAUGCCCCAGAUGUCAGUAUGGGGGGAUCCGAUAUUAAUGGCAAGGGUAGUUCUAAAGUUGAUGUUGAAGGAAGAAUACAGGAUGUUGAGUUGACAAUGCCAUCUGUUAAUGUCCAUGGAGGUGCCUUAGAUGCUGAUUUAAAUCUCACUAAACAAAAGGCUCUAAAAGGGAACAUUGAAAUGCCACACUUAAAUAUAGGACAACAGGGAGAGGUUACAGGUGGGUUUGGAAUAAGAUCAGAUGAAUCAGUAUCUGGUGUGAUGGAGUACCAAGAAGGUAAUGUAACAUUUCCUAAAAUCAAAGUACCAAAGUUUGGUGUUGCAUUGCCUAAAGUGGAAGGAAGAGAGAUGGGAGUAGGUGUAGGUUCAGGAGAAUUGGCUAGUAGUAGUAGAGUUAGUUCCCAGAGUCUGGAAAUGCACAAUACAGAUGUGAAAAGUAGUGGUGGAAAAGUGAAAGUCAAGAUGACAAAGCUGUUUGGCAAAUCUAAAUCAAAAGGUGGCAGUGAAGCUGAUCUUGCUGUUCAGGGAGAAGACACUGAUGUUACCAUUAAAGGUGGUGCAAAUGUAUCUAAAGAGUUGAGUCUUAGUCAUGGGGAAUUGGCAAGUAGCAAGAUGGCAGUACAAGGAAGUUCUGGAUUUAAAGUUUCACCAAAAAGUAAAUCUGCCUCCCUUGAUUUCUUCAAAAAAUCACGACAUCACUCAUCCUCAAUGAGUGAUGAAGGAGGUUUAUCUUCUCCUGUUUCUACUACAGGGCACUUACAGGCAGAGGGUGGCAAAAUUUCACUAGAUGCUGGAGAAACAAAGGUUAAAGACAAAAAAGGAAAGAAGUUUGCCACAAUUGGAGGUUUUGGCUCAAAAAGUAAGGGUUCAUAUGAAGUGACACUUGGAGAUGAAAGUGAGACUAGGACUGAGGCUGCUGGUGGAGUUGCUCUGCCUUUAAAGAAGUCCAGAAUGUCAUCAUCCUCUAGCAGUGAUAGUGGUUCAAGAGGAAGUUUUCGGUUACCGCAACUUGAAAUAGCAGUUUCACCUAAGAAAUAAUAAUUUUUCACUCUAUCUAUGCAAAGUUCAUUUACAUAAUUUAGUUUAAAUCUAGACAGUCUCAUGUAAAUAUGUAGUUCAUUUAAACAAUAGUGCACGGUCAUACAGACUUCUGUGAUUUUUCAGUUCCCCGAAAUGUUCUUUACAGGCAUUGAUGUCAAGUUUUUUUUUUUUUUUUUUUUAUCACAAUUUACCUGUAAAUAAGAUGAAUCUGUAUUGUAAUUUUACAUUUUUACUUUUUGUAGAUAUCCACAAAGAAUCCAGUCCAACAAUUAGUUAAAUUAAAUUAAAAUUAAAAGCUAAUCUAGCUAAAGUCUAGCUUUGCAUUUUCAUCUGAUAAAUUGUUAUAUUUUGUACCUGUUGAAAGUUUUUGGGAAAUGGUUAAGUGUUUGAAAUAUUCUAAAGAUUGUCUGGACACAUUUACACUCAGCAAGAGGAAUGCUUUUAGUUACAUUUGAAAGGAUGUUAUGACUUUAAAGCUUCAGUUAUAUAAACAGUGGUUAUCUUAUUAACUCACCACAGUUAAAUAACUAAUUUCAAUAGAGAUAGACCAGAUAGCAUUAAUAAGCACAUUGUUUUUAAAGGACUGUACAAACUGUAAAUAAAUGGCUUCAAAUUAGAUGGGAUGACAUAACUUUGUCCAAAUAAUACCACAGUUCAAAUAGUCUAUUGUAAUGGAUUUUACACAGAGAUCAUAAUCUUCUAAUGUAUUUAUAUCUAAAACUGUCUUUUUCAAUUGACUAAUUAAAUGAGAACCUCUUAAAAAUACACCAAGGAGCAGCUGGCAAAGCUGUGACUUGCUAUGAUUUAAAUGGUUUCUAAGGCUUUUUUCCCCCCUUAUACUUAUGUCUUACACGUUUGAAUCUCUCUCUUUCUCUUAAUAAUUUCAGUUUGACAUAUUGUGCUGUAAUGUGGUGAUAUAACUACAGGAAUGCAAUGCCAGUUAAAUAGAAAAUUUAAAAAAGGCAUAAAAUGUUCAUUGCUUGUGUAAAUAAUGGGACAUUUAGACUGCAAAGUUUUUGACUUUUUAAAUGUUUUUCCCACCUUGUGUCAGUUGAAAAUCAAUUAAUAAAGUUUUCAGUUAUCAUUACAA